GACUCUGUCGCUCCUACGUUGACAUGGAAAGAACAAAUGCGCACGGUGCGCACACAGAGAAACAUGGCCGGGUUCGGCUCAUUUCUCAGAGUCAAAUGAGGACUGCAAAGACAACCCUUUCAAAACACUAAUGUAAUCUUGUGUGCCAGCUGGAAGUGCUCAAAAGAGAUGUGGAAUGCGAUCGGAAACGGCUCAGGUUUUUACUGUGGCGGAGGCGGUGGAUACUUGUGUAAGGCGCACGGCUGGGAAUUUGUGCCGUGCUCCUUGCUGGAAAGGGAAGGGGACCGAGGAGUGACCUCUACGGCCUCUGUAGGGCAUUUUGCCGAGCACUCUGGACUCGGUCGUGCAGCCUCGCCCUCUGCAGACCUGCAGAGCCAACAUUUACGACUCAGAAAGAGGUUCGAGGAGCUCAGGAAGCGUCACGGGCAGGAAAAAGACGCCUGGAUGAAAGAGAAGGAAAUGCUUUUGAGAGAAGUGGCAGACGUGCAAGGCGGAGAGAACAGACGGAUAUUGUUGGAUCUAAAGACGUUGUUGGAGGAGGUGCAGUCUGAGGUGAAAAGGGAAGAGAGUAAACGCAGCGAACUCCAACUGCAGUAUACCAAGGACCAGUGUGCAUGGGAGCUGGAAAAGGCAGGGCUGAAAUGCAGAAUCGCACAGUUGGAGGCCAAAGGAACAGUAAAUAGAGAGACUGGAGACACAGUAAAGAGGGAAAGAGAGGAAGAGCGGAGGCUGCUGGCAGACACCCAUACUGCAGCAAUGGACCUGCGCUGCCGGCUGGAGCACAGCGAGAGGGACUGGGCGAGGGAGAAAUCUGAGCUUUUGGAGCGCUUUGAUUUGGAGAGGAAGGAGUGGGAGAGUCAGCUAAGGGACAUGCAGCACAAAAUUGAAGAGCUGUACAAUGAAGUGAAGGCUCAUCGACAGAAAGGUACUUUUGGACCAAACAUCGGUGCACAAACCACUGCCAUAAGGCUCAGUACAUAUUCUGGCAGCACUGUAUCUAGCACUCUGACUGACUCCUCAGAGGCCCACAGCAGCAGUUACUCUGAGCCUCUCACACAGCAGAGACAUAGCAGUACUGACUCCAGUCGUAUCUGCAGUGAACCCAAUGGCCAGCACUACAGCAUUCAGUGUGAGCAAUCAAAGCAGGGUAGCUCCGGAAAGUAUGAGCAUCGUGAAAUUGAGGCCAUUAACACUGCAGAGCUAGAAGAUAUUCUUCAUGAAUGCCUUGUGAACAAUCCCAUCUCCAGUGGACAAAACGAUCUGCUCACCGCCUGCCGAGGGUUUCAGAAUAAGGACAUCAACUGUGCGACUGAUAAAAAGAACACAAUGGCUCUUAAUGCUGCUCUCAAAGAAAUAGCCAGGGUUAGUGAGGAGCUGUGCAGUUACCAGGAUGAGAUCAGAAAGAAGUCUGGUGUCAAGAGAAGCCAGACUGAGCCAGUGGUCUUUCCAGGAGAUGUUGAGAUGGGUGAGAAAUAUAUGUUGGAACUGGGUGACACUGAUUUUAACGUGAAUGUCCUGGACAAGCAGAAAGGGAUUAACUGGGAUGAUGUUCAAAAGCAUUCAACCAAGACUGAAAGUGGCACUGAACUACCUGUAAAGACAAGAGAUGUUCCUCCAAUACCAUUCAGGAGUACAUCAUGGUACAUUAACAGCCCCUUGGCUACAGAUAUACCAUCCAGUGCCCCAGAGCCACUGUUGCGCAAAACAUGUCAAAGCCCUUGUCUUCACAAAAAGUGCAACAGCCCCUCGAUCGUGCGAAGAUUUGAGGCAAUGCUACAAGAGAAUGAGGGAAAGAUUCUGACAGACUCUGGGAUUGUGCCCGGCCCAGUGCCUCAUGAUUCCAAGUGCAAUAUCAGCUGCUGCCAGAGCCGGUGGUCCUGUGAUGGAAGCAGGUUUGGCAGCAGCAAGUCAUCCCCAUAUGUGCCUAUCCAAAAAUGUCUCUCAGAAGUUAAUAUAAUAGCUGCAGAGGCUAAGUGCACUCGGAACCAAAUAGAUGCAGAUGGUAAACAAAACUUGAAGGAAGAGAUUCAUCUCAUGGACUCAACACCCAAGGGUGUGGCUGCUGACUUCCUAACGCCUCCAGACAUGACUUCCAUCAACACCACUGUCCCACGGAGAAAUGAGAUGCUAGAACGGAAAACAGCUGAGUUCAACCGCAUCCUCUUUCAGGCGGGGAUGGGUUUUCAGUGUGAUGAGGACAGUAGCUCCACAGAUGUGCACUAUACAUUUGAAAGUACCACUGAGGACAAUCGGACAAAUGUGCCCCUAGAUAUUACAACACAGUAUUCCAUAAACAAGUAUGAACAGGUUGCUCCUCAGGUAUCACCACAGAUGAAGAACCAAACAAAGGAUUCCAGUUCUGGUCCUUUAAAUCUGAAACAGGAUGUAAAGGUGAAAAAAACAACAUCUGGUCUAUCACAGCAUCUAGCAAUGAAACACAAGGACUCAAAAUUUAAAUGCCGGUUAUCGCAUUCAGAAGACAGACAACCUUCCAUCACUCAGUCUGAAAAAACCUUGAGAACAAUUAAGUCAGAUUUAGAAUUGUGUCCGUCAAAACUAACACAUCAGACAGAAACAUUCUGUAAAGUUAAGUCGGUCACUUCGGGUCAUCAUCCUGCUAAAACAAAACCUAAAAAGCCUGAACCUACAAAACAGGACAUGCCUAACACAAGGUCCAGAGUUUUAGAUGAAAAUCCUUGGAAACCCUCGACUUUGGCUGCCUACCCUCGUCCACUAGAGUCCCGGUCCAACUAUGGGGCAAUAGAAAGGAUUUUAAAGAGCUAUGAAAAUUUGGGACAAUCCCAAAAAGACAAGCAACUGCAGUCUAAUCCAGGGAGGGAGGAGGACCUCACAGAGCUCUUGAAUUUGCUUGAAAUCCAGCAUCAGUCUAGAUCCAGUGAACGAGUUACACACACACCUCACCACCCAGCUGUAGAUCACAAAGAAGCACAUGUAACAGUGCAGCAGAACAAAGAAUCAACAGUAACCGUCAAGAAGAGUUUCUCUCGACCAGCUUGUCCUGCUAAAAGACGUCUACCCUCACGCUGGGCUAAUCGAUCUUCCUCCACCUCACCAACAUCCUCCCCAUCUCCCUCGCCAACAAGACAGCCCACCAUCUCCAGCUCACAGCAAACUUUCACCUACUCUGCAUUUCACACAGAGACAGUAAUAAUGUAAAAUGUGACUUAUCAGUCACACAGUCAUAAAGCUGCUUUCUUGUCUCUUCCUGAUUACCUUUGUAUAUACCAAUAAUGACUGUUACUCCAACAAGCUUUUCAAAAUUCAGCCUCACUUAUUGCAUUGUAUUAAUCAUGUUCUGUAUUGUCAUCAUAUGAAGCAUACACUGUAUAGCCAAAGGUUUUACCAUUGCACCUAUAUGUGAUUUCUCCCAUACUGGAGAAAAAAUAAUUGUGUUGAAUGUCUUUGAAUGCUGUAGCAUCAGUUUCCCUUCAUGGCAAUUGAGGUGCAUAUCCAUAUCACAGCAUGACAAUGCCUUUGUGCACAAAGCAAGCUCCAUGAAGACAUAGUUUGGCAAUGCUGGUGUGGAUGAACCUGAGUGACCUGCACAGAGCCCUGACCUCAGACUCACUGAACACUUUUGGAAUAAUUUGGAACAUGUUGUGUGCCCCAGCCUUCCUUGCCAUACAUUAGGGUCUGCCCUCACUCAAGCUGUUGUGGAUAAAUAGUUAAAUCCCCAGCCACAUGCCAAAAUCUAGUGGAAACAUUUCAUGAAAGAGUGGGGGUUAUUAUAAGAACAAAGAGGGGCUAAAUCUGGAAUGGGAUGUUCAACAAGCACACAUAGGCAUGAUGGUAUGCAUUCAUAAACCUUUGGCCAUAUAGUGAGUCUAUGUAUAAUUUUCUCUCCAGCCGUAUUCUCGAUCCAUGCGAAAGGCGUUGUUAAGAAUAUAACAGAUGGAUUUCUGAGUAACUGCAGUAAUAUUUUUUCCCUAUGCGUUUAGGUGCCUUUAGUUUUGACCAUAUUUUAAAGCUCUUGUGCUAAUUAUUUCAAAGAACUUAUUUGUAUUACUUUCUGACUCUCAUCAGAAUGAUUGACUUGUAUGUAAGACAUGUAAUAUAAACUCACUCUGUCUAGUUACCUGAUGUGAAACAUAUCAUUAAAUUAUAACCUUUACAA